CAUCAAACCCCCCCACUCAUUUCUUCCCCUUUUCUCUCUCUCUCUCCUCUUUCUCUCUCACACACACGCACACACUUGGGGUGAUCGAUCAUUUCUUCUUCAGUGUUGAACAUAAAAAAAAAAUAAAAAAUCAAACAUCAGCAAAUGGAUAAUAAGAAAGCGAUUUUUAAGAACAGUUCAAUCUUCGGCUGCGGCGGCGGCGGCGGCGAUAUGAAGAGAAGCCCUUCGGAAUUGGCUCUUCAGGAGCUUUUUGCGUCGGAGGAUGACCGGAAAAUUCAUCACAAGGCUGACAUAUUUGGCGGCUCUGAUUCUUACAAUCACAGUUUCUUCGCCGUGGAGAAUGCCGAUCACGCGCCUUUUCCUUUCAAAACCCAGGAAAUUCAAAAAGGAUUGGCAGGUCCUAAUUCAAUGGCAGAUAAUAUGUCUUGGUUUCGGAAUCAUUAUCCUAACCAGUCCAACGUUUCAGUGCCGAUUGAGUCCCAAUCUUCAAUCUGUGUUGAUAGCCCAACUUCAGGCUAUACUUCAAAGGGCAUAGGUAAUCAAACAGUUGGAGCUAGCAGUGGUUCUUCGCACGAACAAUCUGACGAUGAUGACUUAGAGAUUGAAGCUGGUUCUUGUGAGCAAGGCACCAAUCCUAUGGAUAUCAGGAAAAUCAAACGGAUGGUUUCUAAUAGGGAAUCGGCUCGUCGCUCGAGAAGAAGAAAGCAAGCUCAUUUAGAAGAACUUGAACAACAGGUGGACCAAUUACGAGGCGAGAAUUCAACACUGUUCAAACAGCUGGCAGAUGCCACUCAGCAAUUCAAAGAUUCCACGACAAAUAAUCGAGUUCUCAGAUCUGAUGUUGAAGCUCUAAGAGCAAAGGUGAAACUAGCAGAAGACAUGGUUGCACGAGGCUCGUUGACCUCGAGCUUGAGCCAUCUACUGCAAAAUUACCUGAAUACCCCUCAAGACUACAUGAUUAACAACAUCAACCGCAUCGACCGUAAUGUAUCUCCAACAAUAGCAGCUCACGGGGAGGAGAAUUCUCCGUAUAACGGGAUUUCGGAGUCAACCGUUGGACUCGGAAAUGCUGACUCGGUUGGUCUUGUGCCUGAGAUUUGGACUUGGGAAUCUAAUGUUGCUCCAGUAUCUAAGUGAAAUAGCUUUUUCUUGUUCUGGUGUCUAAUUGGAUAUUAUCUAUCUGUGUGCUGUUUUUAUUUUAUUUUCAAGUUGUGUGUAUUUUUAUAUCUUGGAUUAGACUUUUGUACCUGCUGGAAUAUUUUGUGUUUUGCAUAAUUAAUCUGUGUGUUGUGAUUGGUUGCUCUAA